UCUGCAGCCGGAGAGCAGCAGCAGAGCAUCCAGCGAGAGGAUGGCUGUCUGCAGGAAGCCAGCUCUGUAGUCUCCUCCAGGCUCCAGGAUCCGAGACAAAAGGGCUCGGCUCUUUGCUUUCACAACAGAAGACAGCAGCUCCAGAUGAGUGUUCCUGCAGCAGCAGCUCAGCAAGCAGACAACAGUGAGAUGCAAUCAGCUGCAGUGGCUCCCUCCUUCCUCCCCAGCCAGGGGGGGAAGAUACCAGGCAGGAAGAGAGGGAGACCCCCCCUCCGCAACGUGGCCAAGAUGGAUUUUCCAACCCGCUACCCGGAGUCGCUGCCUCCACUCAAAGUGCCCAAAAAGAGGGGGAGAAAGCCGGGCUUCAAGCUGAAACCCCGGAUGGUGAUGACCCCGCUGGCCAUCUCCCCCCCCAGCAGCACCCCCGAGCCCGACAUGAGCUCCAUCCCUCAGGACGCCGCCACCGUCCCCCACUCCGCCACCCCCCAGGUGCUCACAGUCUGCAUCUACAUCAACAAGCAGGCCAACACGGGUCCGAACCUGGACCGGAAGAAGAUCCAGCAGCUGCCGGAUCACUUCGGCCCGGACCGGCCCUCGGUGGUCCUGCAGCAGGCCGUGCAGGGCUGCAUCGACAGCGCCUUCCUGCAGAAGACCGUCUUCACGCUGCUCACUCAGGGCUACGGGGGAGAAAAAAUAUCAGCCACGUUUGACGGGAAGCAGCACCUGCUCAGCCUCCCGGUGGUGAACAGCAUCGACUACGUCCUGCGCUUCCUGAAGAAGCUCUGCCGCAGUCUGCACUGUGAGAACCUGUUCAGCGACCAGCCCAUCAGCCAGCACAGCGCCGGAUCCUACGCCUCCGACGCUGAAACGGCCGAUGAUUACCACUUAGACCAGUCGGAUGGGAAGCGGUACUCCAUGGAUCACGGAGAUUCUGCCUUCAGCUCCAUCAGCUCGUCGUACUCUCCGAAGUCUUUGUACGGCUUCCGCUCGUCGCAGCAGUUCUCCGGCGGCUCGGCCUCCAUGAGCAUGUGCCGGCCGGCGUCCAGCAGCCCCAACUCGUUCCCGGAGAGCAACCGGACCGGAGGUUAUAGUGCAUCUUCAGAGCCCCAGGAGUCCAAGGCCCCCCAGAAUAAAGACCCCUCCUCCUGGUCUGUGGACGAUGUGGUCUGGUUCAUCCGGGAUGCAGACCCUCAGGCCCUCGGCCCCCACGCAGACGUCUUCAGGAAACACGAGAUCGAUGGAAACGCCUUGUUGCUCCUGAAGAGCGACAUGAUCAUGAAGUAUCUGGGUCUGAAGCUCGGCCCGGCCCUGAAGCUCUGCUUCCACAUCGACAAACUAAAGCAGACCAAGUUCUGAAACCCCCCCCGAGAUAUUUAUUCCUCCCCGUCUGUAGACCCUCAGCUGAGAGGGGAGACCAGGAUCAUCACAAAGACUUCCGUCGUUGUGAUUUUACUUUAGGACAGAUUUUAAUAAAACGUCAGAUGGUGGAAAUAAAUCCUGCACACGUUAACGUAAUGUAAUCAGUAAGAGAGGGCACGUGCAGAUUCAUUAUACAUAUUCAUCACCUGACCUGUAACAGUGAACCCUUUAAACACCUUCACACAUCGGGAAACUUUACUGAGGAACGGGGCAAAACGUUACACAUUUUGAUGCUACUUUUUGACAUUAUCGUCCAAAAGAGAAAGCGAUGCUCCCGUUUGAUUAGUCAGUUAUUAUUACUCUGCCCAAAAGACAGUAGCUCUCUUCUUAGUAUAUAUAUAUUUAAAAAAUGAGAGCACAUACAAAUAUAUAUGUUUUAAAUAUGAUCAUUAUCUCCAUUGGCUCAUUUUUUAUUAUUUCUAAUCAAGCAUCACAGCCCCAUUAAUAUUACACUGAGACUGCCGUGUAGAAUACAAUAUAUUCAUAAUAAUAUAUAUAUAUACUAUUGCUUUUGUACGCCACUUUAGGUGUACAGUAUGCAUCCUUUUUUAAUUAAUUAACUUUGUAAUUGAAUGCUGCUGUAAAGAUGUCACAUGUAAGCCAUGCCUAGUGAGAUCGAGCUGAGGGCUUUUAUUUUGGAAAUCACUAAGCGUAUUUGGCUGGGUUGCACCAACCAGGAUUCAUUUUAAUAACCGUUAUAUAUAUAUAUAUUACAUAUGCCAAUUAUUAAUCUAAAUCAAGUGUUAUUCUGUCCCAAUUUUUCAUAUUUUUAAAGAUUCAAUUCAAACCUCCUUUUGAAAUAAAUCUGUUAUUUUUUUUACUUGGAUUCAUUUUGUUGUUGCAGCAAAACUUUAAAGAAAAUGCUAUUUUAUUAUUUUUAAAGCCUCAGUUAUUUUUCUAUGCCAGGCUUAAUUAAUAAUUUAGCACCAAAUGUUAAAUAUUACAGUUAAACGUAAACAUUUUUUAAAUGGAGUUUAAGCUUUGCUCUUUAUUUGGAAUAAAUUCAAUCUUUUAAUCUUUGAGUUUUCUUGAAAAAUAAUCUGCUUUGUCGAAUAAAGACAGAACUUGCUGCUCUUAAAAUAAAUAACAUGUAUUAAAAAUACACAAGCUUCCUCAUGUUGAUCCAGUUUAGCCUCAUUAAAAGGAGAUUCUUUCAUUGUGCGUUCUUAUUUUGAAAUCUGAUUUCCACCCUAGUUUUGCUGAACUCCAAUUUAAAUAUCUGAAAUGCAUCCUGGUCGGUGCAGCCGAGCCGUGGAGGGUCUUAGAUUCUGCUGGUGCUAAACUGAUCUGUAUUUAAUGUUUGCUUUGUGUCCGUGUCUGUGAAGGAGACCCUGUGUAUACUGUACUGUAUGUGCACAUUAAA